CCAGUGAUUGGUCAAAUGUGAUGCGGCCUGGGGGGUAAAAUUUGUGAAUGGCUUCAAACCUGCCUGAAAUGUGAAAUGACUCAUCGGCGCUUUAGCAGAUGUUGUUUUUAUUCGACGUGACACCCAACAGGCUUGGAUUAUAAAGGGGGAAACGAUGUCGGACGCGGAAGGUGUUCACAGUUCAGACCAGCUGAAUAAAUUCGAGAGACUGUCAGGCAGGCCGCCGCACAGAGUGGCGUUAGCAGGUCAUCGAACUCCCCCUGCCCGUAGUGGGCAUCGUUGUGUUGCUGACAACACUAACCUUUAUGUGUUCGGAGGUUACAACCCUGACUAUGAUGAGUCAGGGGGCUCAGAGAAUGAAGAUUAUCCACUGUUUAGGGAGCUUUGGAGGUACCACUUUGCCACAGGCUGCUGGCAGCAGAUUCGGACAGAGGGGUACAUGCCCACAGAGCUGGCUUCUAUGUCAGCUGUUUUGCACGGUAACAACCUCCUGGUCUUUGGUGGAACCGGGAUCCCUUUUGGUGAAAAUAAUGGUAACGACGUUCACGUUUGUAAUGUGAAGUAUAAGCGAUGGUCGCUGCUCAACUGUCGAGGGAAGAAGCCCAACAGAAUCUAUGGACAGGCAAUGGUCAUUAUUAAUGGCUUCCUGUACGUGUUUGGAGGGACAACCGGCUACAUUUACAGCACCGACCUGCACAGGCUGGACCUGACCAGCAGAGAGUGGAUUCACCUCAAGCCCAACAACCCCCCAGAUGACCUCCCCGAGGAACGAUACAGGCAUGAAAUAGCGCAUGAUGGACAGAGAAUCUAUAUUCUAGGAGGAGGAACGUCAUGGACAUCUUAUCCUUUGGAUAAGAUACAUGCUUACAAUCUAGAAACUAAUUCUUGGGAGGAGAUUACAACAAAACCUCAUGAAAAAAUAGGGUAUCCUGCUCCCAGACGAUGCCAUAGCUGUGUACAGAUACAUAAUGAUGUAUUUAUCUGUGGAGGCUACAAUGGGGAAUUGAUAUUAGCGGAUCUGUGGAAGCUCAACCUGCACAAUUUCCAGUGGAAUAAACUACCAGCAGUGAUGCCUGAGCCAGCCUACUUUCAUUGUGCUGCUGUUACCCCAGCGGGUUGCAUGUACAUCCAUGGUGGAGUAGUGAACAUCCAUGAGAACAAAAGAACUGGUUCUCUGUUCAAGAUCUGGCUGGCUGUUCCCAGCCUGCUGGAGCUAUGCUGGGAGAAGCUCCUCAAGGCCUUUCCGCACCUGACUUCUCUCCGCACCAUGCAGCUGCUCAACCUGGGCCUCACGCAGGAGCUCAUUGAACGCUUGAAAUAGGCACAGUGGAGCACAAAUGGAAGGGCCAGGGAGCGAGAGGAUGAGGCCCAACACAGCACAGAAUGAAACUCAUAGCGGGUCUCGGGAUGAAUCUCUGUCCCUCUUCUGCCUGACGUAGCCCCGCCUUAAAACCAAAAACAAUGGGAUGCCUUUUUUUAUGUUGUCUUUUUUUUUGUUGUUACGGUAACAAAGACAAACAUUUGUGGAAUGUCUUAUGGAUUUUAUUUGAUCUUUCCCCCUCAUGUUGCCUCAUGGCUGUCAUCCUCCAAACUGCUGCAGUUGUAAAAAAAUUAUUUUGCCAUGUCUACAAGUUAAACACUCUUAUUAUUUUUCUGGAAAAAAGCAUCUUCUAGUAAUUUUAUGAAUUCAGAGUGAAUGUGUAUUUAUUUAAGGACUCGGUCACUCUGUUUAGGGGAGCGGGGGGUAUAUUCUCAAGAACUAAUAUUGCUGUUUGCACAUUUUGUCACACAUAUUUGUAAGCAUCUACAUAUUUAAUAGAUUCUACACACAGAAGAGACAAAUCAAUUAUUUUAAUCUAAACAUGGUGCCAGACAAUGGUUGUGCAGUAUUUUUCUGCACAUCUUAGACUAUUUAUCACAGUUGUACUGAUGCUGACUUUUUUUUCCCCCCCUCUCUAGAAGGCAGUCUCUGUGCAGUUUCCUCCAAAUGGAAUGAAAAUCAACAUCAGAGGCUUGAAAGCUGUGUGAAUGAAAUCCUCAGUCCCAGCAAUGGGCAUGCAAGAGAUUUCCAUUCUGUUCUGCAGCUGGCUUGCAUGGAUGGAAAAAUACUAAAGGCUUGAACUAAAUUGCAUCAAACCAAUAUAUUCUAUCAUUCUAUUUGUGGUAAAUGGCUAUAAUACAGAAAAACUGCACCCUGCAUGGCAGAGUAAAGAAAGUUUAACUACUGGUUUUGCCUGUAUUUUCAAGAAUACAUAGUAUAACGGCUUUGAAAAUCAUCUGAUUAUUUGAAAGAAUAAGCAAUGAUAUAAGAUAGAAAAUCCAGUUAUUUUCCCCUUUGUGUUCACUCACAGCAAUUAUUUGUAAACCAAACCUUGCUACACAUCACUGUGAAUUUGGUGCUCUUUGACUUUUAUUUAUGAUGCGUUUAUCUGAAUAAAGACUUCUUUUACUCCCUCUGCAUUGAAGAUGGUUUUGCACCUGGAGUUGCUUCAAUAGCACACCUCUCUGAACAUGUUUGUACUGCAGUGCCUUGUUUGAACUGGUAAAGUGAAUAUUUCACAAAUACAGGCAGCAUAAGGUCUUUGCAUGUAUAAACAAACUCCUGGUUUGACAAGCAAAUAGAACCACUUAAAUAUUUUACAUAAAAUUAUUAAAUGUGUUGGCAUUUAAGAAUGUUUUCUUCCCAUGGAUCAAGCAAAUAAUUGAGAACAGGAGGCAGCAUGUUGAGUACUGACCCAGAAAGCACUUAUUUUAUUAGUUUUUAACUAGUGCCAAAUCAUGCUGAGCUAUUUAAAUAUGGUUAUGUAGAGGAAUAAAAAGGUACCAUCUUUUUUUUUUUUAAAUUGUUGCCAGUUUGAUGCUCACAAUUGCAUGAUUCUGCCCCAACUGUAUCUCCUUAAUUUCUGCUCUGUAAUCCAAACUACUUGGUUCAUGAUGUCAUUUUUGCCGCUCUUUAUAUUAUCAAAUCUUUACUUUGGGACAUGGAUUUCCAGGUGACCUCUGAAAUGUUGUACAGCAGGCUUGUAUGAAUGUUGUGUUAAAGUUCUGUCAAUAAAAAGUCUUGUAUAAAUAGC